AAUAUCGACAAAUAUUUCAAACUGCUACCGAUGGUAUCGAUAGGUACAUCGAUAGUUGUGCAGCUGUUUUCAGUUUUGUUAUUUGUAAACUUUGCUUGGUCGACUAAUAUGGCCCAUCAAAAUUGCUUAUUCUGUGAUAUUUCAAAUGGCAAAACUGAAACAAUUUUGGAAAUGGAGACUGACGAAUUUGCCAUAUUUAAAGACAUUCGGCCGGCAUCGCGACAUCAUUAUCUUAUUGUGACAAAGCAACAUUAUGACAGUCUAAAGGUCCUCAACCAAUCGCACGAAAAAAUGGUGCUUCGCAUGGAGGAGGGCCUCAAGAGUUUUUUAACAUCAAAAGGUAUCAAUACAACGGAUGCUCUCUUUGGAUUCCAUUUCCCGCCAUUCAUCUCUGUGAAGCAUUUGCACAUGCAUGGAAUUGCGCCGCGCUCCGAGAUGAGUUUUCUGUCUCGUUGGGUUUUUAGACCCGCGACGGCAUGGUUUAAGACUGUCGAAGAAGCACAGGCUUAUCUGAAUAAGAAAGCGAUUUAGCUCUGGAACGAGCUCUUGACUUUGAAAUGCGGCCAACGAGACUAAGCUAGCUAUUUGUUAUAAGGUAUCAAUAAUAGUACAAAUUCAAAUAAAAUAUAUAUAUUUUCUCUGA